ACUUGAAGCAACACUGAAUGUUCAUGAUGGCUGUGUGAAUACAAUUUGCUGGAAUGAUACAGGAGAAUAUAUUUUGUCAGGUUCAGAUGACACCAACCUGGUAAUUAGCAAUCCCUACAGCAGAAAGGUUUUAACAACUAUUCGCUCAGGACACAGGGCAAAUAUUUUUAGUGCAAAAUUCUUACCAUGCACCAAUGACAAGCAGAUUGUGUCCUGUUCUGGAGAUGGAGUAAUUUUUUAUACUAAUGUUGAGCAAGAUGCUGAGACCAACAGACAAUGCCAAUUUACGUGCCACUAUGGAACUACGUAUGAGAUUAUGACAGUACCAAAUGAUCCCUAUACUUUCCUCUCUUGCGGUGAGGAUGGAACUGUAAGGUGGUUUGAUACUCGCAUCAAAACAAGUUGCACAAAAGAAGAUUGUAAAGAUGAUAUUUUAAUAAACUGCCGACGUGCUGCCACCUCUGUAGCUAUCUGUCCUCCAAUACCAUAUUAUCUUGCUGUGGGCUGUUCUGAUAGCUCAGUAAGAAUAUAUGACCGGCGAAUGCUUGGCACAAGAGCAACAGGUAAUUAUGCUGGUCGGGGCACUACAGGAAUGGUUGCACGUUUUGUUCCUCCCCACCUCAAUAACAAAUCCUGCCGGGUAACAUCUCUGUGCUAUAGUGAAGAUGGGCAGGAGAUCCUUGUUAGCUAUUCUUCAGAUUACAUAUACUUGUUUGACCCUAAGGAUGACACAGCACGAGAACUUAAAGUUCCUUCUGCAGAAGAGAGAAGAGAAGAGUUACGGCAACCUCCCGUUAAACGUUUGAGACUAAGAGGGGAUUGGUCAGAUACGGGACCAAGAGCAAGGCCUGAGAGUGAACGAGAAAGAGAUGGGGAGCAAAGUCCUAACGUCUCACUGAUGCAGAGGAUGUCAGACAUGCUAUCAAGAUGGUUUGAAGAAGCUAGUGAAGUUGCGCAGAGCAACCGAGGACGAGGAAGAUCUCGGUCUAGAGGUGGAACCAGUCGACCAGAUGCCUCCAUUACUAACAACAUACCGACAAGUGCUGAAUCAGAGAGUGCAAUGGAAGUGGAUGGUCCUGAACAGCUUCCAUCCUCUUCAUCCUCUACAAUGUCAGCGCAAGCUCCCUCAACGUCUUCCUCAAUAGAAACCCCCCCUUCCACAUCCUUACUAUCCUCACCUGACAAUGAACAAAGACCAUCUUUGGAGGCCUCUGCUCAUCCUACCCUCCAUCAGUCUGAAUUUUUGGCACCUGAGUUAGCUAUACUCCGUAGGGGCCUGCAGCGACUGAGGCUUAAGAAGGCUGAACAACAGAGACAGCGAGAGCUAGCUGAGGGUUCAGCACCACAGUCCUCCACCUCUGAUCAGUCUUCCCCUAAGGGCUCCUCACAGGACCCUCAGACUUCAGAUUCUCCUUCUUCUGUGGUUAACAAACAGCUCGGAUCCAUGUCACUUGAUGAGCAACAGGACAGUGAAAAGCAGAGUCCACGAGCAGGAACAGGUGAACCAGUUUUAAGUUUGCACUACAGUACAGAAGGAACUACUACAAGCACGAUAAAAUUGGACUUCACGGAUGAAUGGAGCAGCACAACUUCAAGUUCUAGAGGGAGUGGAAGUCACUGCAAACCUGAAGGCCACGAAGAAGCUCUAAGAACACACAGCUCAGAACAGACAACACCAGAAAAUGAAGAAACAAGAGUCCGUAAAGAAUUGCACGAGGAAGUCACAGGUGCUGAAGAGUUGAAAACUAUAGAUGAAGCUGUAGAGAGAACAGAAACAGCUGUAUCAGAUAAGGCUAUUUCUGAGCAUCCUGGAACCAGCACAGAAGGAGAAAGUGAUCCCAAUCUUGACAGCAUCUGUAGGAACCCAGAGGAAGGACCUUCAAGUGAAAAAAGCAAAGAACAAGAGAGGUCAAGUCAAAGUACAGAGUCUAAUGCCAACCCAGUUAAUACAAACCAUGAACUUCAACCGCAGCCAGACUCUUCAGGGCUUGCAAGUCAUGAAGAAUCAUCCACCAGAAGCACUGCUUUCCAAGAAACUGAUGAUAGUGAUGAUGACCCUGUCCUGAUACCUGGUGCAAGGUAUCGAGGAGGAUCAGGACAUAGACGAUCUGCUGUUGCUCGCAUUCAGGAACUCUUCAGAAGAAGAAAAGAAAGGAAAGAGAUGGAAGAAUUGGAAACCUUGAAUAUUAGACGACCUUUAAUAAAGAUGGUGUAUAAGGGUCAUCGGAACUCCAGGACAAUGAUAAAGGAAGCCAAUUUCUGGGGCUCUAACUUUGUAAUGAGUGGUUCAGAUUGUGGCCAUAUCUUCAUCUGGGAUCGGCAUACUGCUGAGCAUCUGAUGCUGCUGGAAGCUGAUAAUCACGUGGUGAAUUGUCUACAGCCACAUCCAUUUGACCCAAUUCUUGCCUCGUCGGGUAUUGAUUACGAUAUAAAAAUUUGGUCACCACUAGAAGAGUCCAGGAUUUUUAACCGAAAACUUGCUGAUGAAGUUAUAACUCGUAAUGAAUUAAUGUUGGAAGAGACCAGAAACACAAUUACUGUUCCAGCUUCUUUCAUGUUACGAAUGCUGGCAUCGUUGAAUCAUAUAAGAGCAGACCGGUUGGAGGGUGACAGGUCAGAAGGGUCUGGUCAAGAGAAUGAAAAUGAAGACGAAGAGUAAUUGGCUCUUCUAUGCGAGCACCUAGACGUUACGGAAUUUAUAUAAGACAUUAAUUAUAUUUUUCCUUACAGAGCUUUAGUGCAAUUUUAAGGUUUUGCUUUUGGAUAACCCAACAUUUUGUUUCUGAACGACUGUGUGCAUGACUUUGGGAGAGUGUGCAAGUAAAAUAAGCAAAAAUGUUUUUAAAACGUUUUGCCAUGUCUGAGGGGUGCUAGAAGAUGCAAAGUGCAAUAUUUUCCUUAACCUGCAAACGUGGGAGCUUGGAUCAAUGUUUAAAAAUAACUUUCAUUAGAGCAAAAACAUUGGUUCAAAUAAAUUUCUAUACCUGCUAUUUGCAUGUUUGUUGCUUUCUAAUUAAAAGAUUUGGUUGU